GCGACUGGGUGACAGGUCACUCCUGCCUGGGAAGGGUGCUCACUCGGCAAGUCAGGAUUGGGUUUCAGGACAGAAGGACCAUGCUGCAAGAGGGGGCAGAGCUCCCCAGAACCGGCACCGGGACCCAGAGUCUCCAGCUCUGCUGGAUGCCGUGUGACAUCAGCCAGCCCCUUAGCUGCCGCUGGGAGUUCUGAGCUCCGUGCUGGGCCCAGCAGCACCAGGCACGGACACAUCGGCCCUUGUUGGGAGAACACUGUGAGGCUCUCUUGUCCGCCGCCUGUCCUCGGCUCCAGCUGCUGGUUCUCCCGGAGAGCGCUCCUCAGCUGCUCAGAACCCACACGAUCACAGCCUCGGAAUGGCCUCUAGCCCUAUCGGGAUCCCUAGCCCACAGCCCUCCAGAGCCAAUGGGAACAUCAACCUGGGGCCUUCAGCCAACCCAAAUGCCCGGCCCACAGACUUCGACUUCCUCAAAGUCAUUGGCAAAGGGAACUAUGGGAAGGUCCUCCUAGCCAAGCGCAAGUCGGAUGGGAUGUUCUACGCAGUGAAGGUGCUGCAGAAAAAGUCCAUCUUAAAGAAUAAAGAGCAGAGCCACAUCAUGGCGGAGCGCAACGUGCUCCUGAAGAACGUGCGGCACCCCUUCCUUGUGGGCCUGCGCUAUUCUUUCCAGACACCUGAGAAGCUCUACUUUGUACUCGACUAUGUCAAUGGAGGAGAGCUCUUCUUCCACCUGCAGCGGGAGCGCAGGUUCCUGGAGCCCCGGGCCAGGUUCUACACUGCCGAGGUGGCCAGCGCCAUCGGCUACCUGCACUCCCUCAACAUCAUUUACAGGGACCUAAAACCAGAGAACAUUCUCUUGGACUGCCAGGGACACGUGGUGCUGACAGAUUUCGGCCUUUGCAAGGAAGGCGUGGAGCCUGAGGACACCACGUCCACGUUCUGUGGCACCCCUGAGUACUUGGCUCCUGAAGUGCUUCGUAAGGAGCCUUACGAUCGGGCAGUGGACUGGUGGUGCUUAGGGGCUGUCCUCUACGAGAUGCUGCACGGCCUGCCACCCUUCUACAGCCAAGAUGUGUCCCAGAUGUAUGAGAACAUUCUGCACCAGCCGCUACAGAUCCCUGGGGGCCGGACAGUGGCAGCCUGUGACCUCCUGCAAGGCCUUCUCCACAAGGACCAGAGGCAACGGCUGGGCUCCAAGGCAGACUUUCUGGAGAUAAAGAACCAUGUAUUCUUCAGUCCCAUAAACUGGGAUGACUUGUACCACAAGAGACUGACUCCACCUUUCAACCCAAAUGUGGCUCUUGGUUUGCAUAUGCCUGUCCACAGUGAGAACAAUCUUCCUCCUGUCUGUCUUCUGGCAGGACCUGCUGACUUGAAACACUUUGACCCAGAGUUCACCCAAGAAGCAGUAUCCAAGUCUAUUGGCUGUACCCCUGAUACCAUGGCUAGCAGCUCAGGGGCCUCAAGUGCAUUCCUGGGAUUUUCCUAUGCGCCAGAAGAUGAUGACAUCUUGGACUGCUAAGGAAGCACUUGUGAAGCCUCUGAGGACAGCUGGUAAUAGGAGGAGUUACUUUCAGCUGCUACUAAGAUUUAAUGUAAUGAGUUUGAUGGAUUGAACAAGAAGUAGGUAUUUUUUUCCCCAUCACAUAGAAGGACAAUGUUAGGUGGCCUGGGCUGGUAGGACAGGUCAUUAGCUACUCAGAGGCUUUCUGUACUUCUGCUGGGUCUCUUGACAAAUGGCUUCUGAUAUUAGAGUUGAUACAUUAUCACAAGUUGGUUACUGGUUCUCUAGUCUCCACUUUUGUGUCCUGGACAGGGAAAAGAAAGGAAUAAGUAAGAGGAGGGAAUAAAAGGACACUAUUAAAAGUGCUUUUCUAGCAACUCAGGAGGCUGAGGCAGGAGGAUUGCAAUUUGAAGCCAGCCUCAGCAAUUUAGCCAGACCCUCAGCAACUGAGCUAGAACUUGUCUCAAAAUAAAAGAUUUAAAAAAAAAAAAAAAAAAAAAAAAGGACCAGGGAUGUGAGUUCAAUCCCCAAUACAAAAAAAUAAAGUAUUUUUCCAGAAGCUCCAUCCAACGACUUGUGCUGAUAUCUCAUUAACCAUCCAUUCCUACUGUAAUGGAGCCUGGACAUAUGAAUACCCUCAAUAGCAAAGGGCAGCUGGCACUCUUAACCAGAAAGGCCUCUUGAUGUUUGGAUUUUGAACUCAGUGCAUAAAAAGACAGAGAUGUAACAAACCUACAGGUAUUACCCAGUCUCUCUCAUUCCGUGUUGAUGGUGUCUUUCUUUGUUGUGGGUAGUACUAAACAUAUUAUUGGGUUGGUUGCCUGGCAUCUAAGCUCCUUCCAAUAGUCAGGGAAUCCGCUACUUUAUGAGCCACGAUGAGUCUACCUCCUUCCCCUGAACUAGGGCCAGGAAUGUGACCCAGAAAUGCAUCUAUACCAUAAAAGGGACCAGAAGCUCUCUUUCAGGUGG